AUGCCUGGAAGACCUAAGAAAAGGAGAAAUUUGGAGCAAGGAGAGAUAGAUGGUUCUGACAAAAAAAUGAGGAGAAUAGGAUUGGAAAUCAGGUGUUCAAGGUGCAAGCAAUCGGGACACAACAAAACAACAUGCAAGAUUACUCAGAGUACUCAAGGUACUCAUGAUGUCAGUGUUACUCAACAGACACCAAACACUCAAGCAACUCAGCCUGCUUCUCAACCUGUGUCUCAACCUGUUGUGAAAUUGUCUCAAAUUGUGUCUCAACCUGCUGUGAACCUGUCUCAGCCUGCAUCUGCACAAGGAUCCGAGAAAUCUACUCAAUCAUCCAAGAAGACAACUAUGAGGCCAGCAAAGUUGGGUGUUAGAAGACCAACAACACCUUUUGUUCCCCCUGGACCAACUACAAGACUAAGUGCUGCCAAGAAUAUGAUUGGCCCAACUACAAGGAGAACAACACCAACCAAGAGGACAACACCCAAGAAAAAAAUUUAG